AUGCCAUCCCCAAAUAUAGAAAGGGAUGUGCGCAGCUUUCUAAGGAAAUUGAAUUAUAUUUUAAGAUUCAUCUCUAAUCUUAUAGCCAAGGCUGAACCCAUUUUCAAAUUACUAAAGAAGAAUAAUGCUUCAAAGUGGGAUGAAGCUUAUCAAGAAGUCUUUAAAAAGAUCAAGCAGUACUUGUCAAAUCCAUUUGUAUUAGUUCCUCCAAUAGCGGGCAGGAUGGAUUCCAUCAAGUAUGUUUUCGAGACCCCAUUUAUACCUGGAAGAAUAGCAAAAUGGCAAGUCAUGCUUUCACAAUAUGACAUUGUCUAUAUGACGAAGAAGGCCAUGAAAGGGAGUGUGAUACCAGAUCUCCUAGCAGAAAAUCCAAUUGAUGAUUAUGAGGUUCUAGACUUUGAAUUCCCAUAUAAACAUAUAAAUACAAUGAGUGAGGAUACUGAGGGGCAAGAAGUUGCAUGGGAGAUGUAUUUUGACGGGGCUGUUAAUCUUUCCAGUAACGGGAUUGGGGAAGUACUAAUAUCUCUGAACGGGAAACGUUUCUCGAUAGCAGUUAAGCUAAAGUUUGAGUGUACUAAUAAUGUGGCGGAAUAUGAAGCUUGCGUGAGUGGUUUACAAGCUGCCAUAGAAAUGAAAAUAAAGAAAUUAGAGGUGUAUGGGGACUCCACCCUGAUUAUCUAUCAAGUCAAGGGAGAAUGGCAGACCAGAGACCUAAAACUGAUCCCGUAUCAAAAGUAUCUUCUAAAGCUAAUUAAGGAAUUCGAACAGAUCUCCUUCACUCACUUGAGCCGUGAUAAAAACCAAUUUGCAAAUGCCCUAUUCAGUCUACCAGUGAUGACUCAAAUGGAGGAGAGGCAAAUAAUGCAGUUAUUACAAAUUAAGGUGAGAAGCGAAUCAGCAUACUGCCUUAUGAUUGAAGAAGAGGCAGAUGGAAAUGAAGGAGUGGAAGCAUGA